CUCACAAGAGCAUUUCGUCAGGCGAGGGUUUUUACAUUUGUCCUUAAUCUCUCUCCUUGUGCAGUUUCCGUAUCUAAGAGGGUUGAAGAGAGGCUUAUCGUUGUUAAUUGAUCAAAGGAGGAAAAAGAAUUGAGGGAAUGGGAGGCGAAGGAGGUGCUGUGUCCGAUGGAAGCGACUCGAAGGGAACCGCCUCUAGCGUUAGCGUUAAUAUUCGAUGUUCUAAUGGAUCGAAGUUUUCGGUUCAAGUUAAUCUUGAUUCCGAUGUUCGAUCAUUCAAGUCCCUUCUCGCUCAGAAUUGUGAAAUACCAGCAGACCAACAGCGGUUAAUUUACAAAGGGAGGAUCCUUAAGGACGAUCAAACCCUAGAAAGCCAUGGCCUGGAAGCAGAACAUACUGUGCACCUAGUGCGUGGUUAUGCACCUGGUGCAUCACCCAAUACUGUGCCUGCUGCAACUGCUGAAAAUCCAUCAUCUACUCCAAAUACCAGGCAAGGUGGUCCUGAAGAAAGUGAUACAUUUGGAGGACCCGGUUAUGGAGCUUCCUUGUUUCCUGGACUUGGCUUGAAUGGUAUGGGUGGUGGAAAUGGUGGCUUAUUUGGAGCUGGGCUUCCUGAUUUUGAACAAAUGCAACGUCAAUUAACUCAGAAUCCCAAUCUCAUGAGAGAUAUAAUGAACAUGCCUGCUGUACAGAAUCUGAUCAGUAAUCCUGAUAUUAUCCGGAAUCUGAUAAUGAACAAUCCUCAGAUGCGCGAAAUCAUUGAUCGCAAUCCGGAACUUGCACAUGUACUUAAUGACCCUGCCACUCUCCGUCAGACAAUGGAGGCUGCCAGAAACCCUGAACUCAUGCAUGAGAUGAUGCGUAAUACUGACAGAGCUAUGAGUAAUAUAGAAUCUUCUCCUGAGGGAUUCAAUAUGCUUAGGCGUAUGUAUGAAAAUGUCCAAGAACCUUUUCUCAAUGCAACAACUAUGGCAGGGGAUGCUAGAAAUGAUGCAAACUCCAACCCGUUUGCAGCUCUUCUGGGUACAGCAGGUGGGGAUCCGGCAACUAACCCAACAAGUGCUGGUUCUGAGAAUGCAGCCAGUGCCCCUGCUCCCAAUGCUAAUCCACUUCCCAAUCCUUGGGCUUCUGCAGCAGCAGCUGGAGGUGCACAAACCAAUGCCACUGCCAGGUCAAAUCCUGGUGGAGAUACUAGGCAACCAGCAGUUGCAGGAUUAAGUGGUCUUGGUCUACCACCACUAGGUUCUACACAAGAUAUGGCUUCUAUGAGCCAAUUUAUGCAAAAUCCAGCUGUAUCAGAAUUGAUGCAAAGUGUUCUUUCUAAUCCUCAGUAUAUGAAUCAGAUGCUAGGUUUGAAUCCACAGCUGCGAAAUAUGUUGGAUUCCAAUGCCCAAGUCAGGGAAAUGAUGCAAAACCCAGAAUUUAUUCGUCAAUUAACUUCGCCUGAGAUGAUGCAGCAACUCCAAAAUUUUCAGCAAGUUCUGUUGCCGCAACUUGGGGCACAAUCAGGAACUGGGAAUGCUGCUCAAACUGGUGGAGGCCCAGGAUUGGAUAUGUUGAUGAACAUGUUUUCUUCUAUGGGAACUGCCAACCCAACCAUUCCAAACAGACCCAACGUUCCCCCUGAAGAACUAUAUGUCACUCAACUAACUCAGCUGCAAGAAAUGGGAUUUUUUGAUACCCAAGAGAACUUACGUGCUCUCAUUGCCACUUCUGGGAAUGUUCAUGCUGCAGUUGAGCGUCUUCUGGGAAACCUUGGCCAGUAAAACUAAUAUGCAUAUGGUUAGUAAAAAAAUAUCAUUUGAUGAUGCUAAAUUUGGACGAAACCACAGAGUUAUUUCGUGUUUGGUAUGAAUAAAUAUAUUAGUCCAGGUGAACUUGUAGACUUUGUUCCUGUAGUUUAUUAUUAUAUACCAUUGUCAAAGGUAAGGCCUGAUGAAGAGGAAAUUUGGGAAAAAAUAGAAGUUUGAGGAGACGGUUAUUUUAAUGCUGUGUAAAUACUUGACGUCUACUCUUGUUUAUCUCAUACUGAGUUUU